CGCCCCCGCGCCUGCUCCCUUCUCCGGUGUCCCCCUGCCGCUGAUGCCGGCGAGGGUGGCUGCGGGCGUGAAAAUGUCGCCUCAUCGGGUCCGAGCGCCUCCUGGUCGCCUGCAAUCCCUCGCCGCUGCACCCUCUCCACGCCCGCCUCUCCCAUCCUAUCACCUGCUUCCUCUUCUCGCUCCCCCGCCCCCUUUCUCUCUCCCUGUCCCCGGCCCCCGACACACCUCUUGCCCUAUGUCCGCCGCCGCCGCCGCCCCCCCGAUAGCCUCCGCCGCCUCGCCCGGGGCCGCCCCCGAUGGGACACCCCUCCUGCCGUGCGGCCUGUCCGAGCAGCAGCUCACCCGGCUGGCGGAGGCGGACGCGCGCGAAGCCCUGAACACCGUCCUGGCGGCAGAUCCCUUCAACACCCGGUGCGCCGACUGCCACGCCGGGGUCGGGCCCUUCCCGUCCGCCCGGAGUCGGCACUUCUACCCGGCCACCAUCUCGCCGACGGAGGCGGCCCUGCGCCGGCUGGCCGGGCCGGACGACCACCGGGGCGCCCCCCCGCGCUGGGUGUCGGUCACCUUUGGCACGGUCUUGUGCACCCGAUGCGCCGGCAUCCACCGGUCCAUCGGCGUGGAUGUGACCCGCGUGCGCGGGCUCGACCUGGACACCUGGGACCAGGCCAGCAUCACGCAACUUGCCCGGCAUGGCGGCAACACGCGAGUCAACACCCGGCUGCUGGCCCUGGCGCCAUCCGGCGCAUGGAGCCUCCCGGAGAAUGUCAGCUACCAUGCCAUGCACAAGUGGACCCUGCUGAAGUACAAGCACUUGGCCUUUUCGGCACGCAUCGCGCCGGAGCCCUCGCGCAAGGUGCCCCCCCCGCGCUCGCGGUCCACCUCCUCCUUCGACUCGGAGCGCGAGCUCGAGUACGAGGACCUCCCGCCGGCCGCGUGCGAGGGAACGUCCUCCUACUUUGUGGAGAUCGCCGUCUCGGACCCACGCACCCUCAUGGCCAAUGAGGCUUUAGAGGAGGACUUGCACACGGUGGUCGUUGCCACCGGGGGCGGGUCCUCAGCGAUUGGGCCCAGCCGGUCGGCCUCGACCGCCAGCGAGGCGUCAGUCUGCUCGGACAUCUCGGCCGUCACCGAGGGCGCCAGCUCGCCCGAAGGAGGGGCCGAGGAUCGGCGCGACACGCCUGGUGGCGCCUCGUCAGCAGCCAGUCCCGAUUCGCCCCCGACGCCAUCCAAGCGCCGGCUGAAUCCCGUUUCCUCGGAGAACUUCACCACCUACCUGAUUUCGAUUACGACCAACAUGCCGGCCGUGGCUUCACUUUCCGGAGACCGGGAGCUCGAGGCCGGACCCUCGUUUGAUGUGCACUCGCCGCCCGUGGUGACCAUGCUGUUCCGCAAGCGGUAUUCCGACUUCCGGGCCUUUCGCCGGGCCCUGGUCGAGGAGAUCGCCUCCGGUGCACUGAAGAUCUCCGACGAGACGACCACCACCCGGGCCGACCUAGACAAGCUGAUCGAUCGGAUUCCCACCCUCCCCGGACGGACGAUCUUCGCCCCCUCCGAGCGCUUCAACGAGACAGUCAUCGAGAAGCGCCGGAAGGCCUUCAGCUCUCUGCUCAAUCAUAUCGCCGCGGGCGGCGUCGCCUGGUGGUGUCUAGCCUCUGUGCGGGACUUCCUUGCCCACGCGUGAGGGCGUGCAGCCACCUUCUUCCGGCUGUGGCCUCCCCCCUCCGCGGCGCCCCUUGACCGGCUACCUGUACAUGCGCAUACAGCCAGCCCGAGGGGUCGUUGGUGUGCCGAGAGUGGCGAGCCGCGCGCGCGCGCGCGCGCCGACGCGGAGGGGAUGUGUCAGUGUACCCGUGCAUGCGUUCCUGCGUGUCGCAUCAUGUUGUGCCUCCCCCCCCCCUCCCGCGCACC